AUGGAAGAGUGGCCGCGCAAUGCAGAUGAACCUUACGGUUCUCAAAGAUAUCAGGAGGAUGUUCAGGAUCUUGUCUCAUUGCCCUCGAGAUCAUCUACACCUCAUCUCGAUAGAGCUGAGAUCGGUCGAGUCCUCUCACCAAGCGUCCAACCAGGACGAAACUCUCGCUCUCGUCGCAGUAACCCUUCCAUCGCUCAUUCUUUCACAUCUCCGUCCAUUUCGGAGUCUGGCGAAGGAGAAGACCCGAGCUCAACAACAAGAUAUCUUGCCAGACGAGCCACCUUACUCGGCUGGUUUGAUGAGGUUGAUGUGGAAGACGGUCGGAACAGCUGGUCGUCGACUUGCAUUUCUCUACGCCGAGCUGACAACGAAUACACCUUCUUUCCGUACAAUGUCAACCCGUCGUUAAUUGAUGCUAUUACCCGGCUGGGAGAGACUGCCGCCAUGGCUAUGUCGUCUCGAUUUACAUCCAUGUUGAUUGAUUCAAUCCUGCCCGGCCAGAAAAGCCUAGUCGUGGAAAGCACAAGUGCUCGUAUUCCGGUUGUUCACAGUCUCAACGACGUGAGCUCGAACUUGGUCCAUUUUGCGCGAGCGUGUAUUGUGGUACAAGAAAAACUCGUGCUCAUCUGGUCACACAAUGCGGGUACGAUUCUUCACGUUGCGCAUGACGUUGAGCGGCAACUUGGUAAAAAGAGCCCUCGGAUUUCAACUGCAACGACACCACGCGCCUCUGGGCGAUCGUCGCCCUUUGACGUGGACGCUGAUGUCGCGCCAUCAACGCAGAUAUCCAUCAAGGCAAAAAUCGAUAGUUUUCCAGUGCGUGGAGCCCUCGAUGAAAAACAUGAAGUUUACAGCAAAGCUGUGGCGCUUGAAGAGGGCACAGUAGAAGAUGAUACUCCUGUGGAUCUGGAAGGCAAUCUCCCACCAAGACCAGCUCAUCGAAUUCACGCCGUGAAGAUCAGUCUGGCUAUCAUGUUGGUGAUUUUGACGCAGUCACUGGGUGUCUCUCGGUUGGUGAAUGAGUUUGCCUGGGACGGAAGCUUUACUCGAUUCGCGCUGGUGGUGACUAUUCCGCCUCUCGCAUUAUUCUCGCUGUUCUUCUUUAUUGUACUUGUCACCAGCGCCUUCCAGUUGUUCUUACCCGCAAGUUUCUGUUUGAAGAAUUCCAAGUUCCACUCUGCAAUCAAGCCGAAUCCAAGGUUUCACCGUGACUACGAGCUACCUCACAUCACUGUUCAAAUGCCUGUCUAUAAGGAGGGAUUGAAAGGUGUGAUCGUCCCCACUAUGAUGAGCGUUUUGGCUGCCGUACAAUAUUACGAGGAGCAAGGAGGAACCGCCUCCGUCUUCAUCAAUGACGACGGCAUGCAAUGCAUUCAGCCGGAGCUGGCCGAAGCUCGGAAACAAUAUUAUCGUGAAAACGGGAUUGGGUAUACAGCGCGGCUUCCAAACAGAAAGACCGCUUCAAAAAAGAAGCGUGGGUUUGGAUGGUUCCGCAAAGCCAAGUCAGCGGAAGGAGACGCCGAAACAGAGGCGGAAGAAGACACAAGCAGCCCUCAAGCGGUUGCCAACAAGAUUGGCUUUGAGCGUAAAGGAAAAUUCAAGAAAGCAAGCAACAUGAAUUAUGGACUAGCCUUCUCGAACAGAGUGGAAGAUGAAUUGGCCCGUUUGGCAGAUUUGGAAUGUCAGCAGCGUGGAUGCUCCAAUGACGAUUUAACAUUCGAGGACGAUGAUCGGCUCUACCAGCAGGCCCUUUCAAAUAUGCUCGCCGAAGAUGAAGGCCGUACCUGGGCUGAGGGAAAUGUCCGCAUUGGGGAGAUAAUCCUUAUCAUUGACUGCGACACUCGAGUCCCGGUUGAUUGCCUUCUUUAUGGUGCAUUAGAAAUGCAUGAAAGCCCUGAGGUCGCUAUUGUUCAACACGGGUCCGGUGUGAUGCAGGUAGUCCAUAACAUGUUUGAGAAUGGAAUCACUUAUUUUACGGAUGUUGUCUACACUGCUAUCAAAUACGGUGUCGGUUCUGGCGACGUCUCACCUUUUGUCGGUCACAAUGCCUUUCUCCGGUGGAAAGCUCUGCAGAGCAUUCAGUUCGUGGAUCCAGCCGAUGGCCAGACUAAGUGGUGGUCUGAUGCGCAUGUAUCGGAGGACUUUGACAUAAGUCUCCGUUUACAGAUGCAAGGCAUGACUGUGCGCCUGGCUACUUAUCACAAUGGAGGCUUCAAGGAAGGCGUCUCACUCACUCUGUAUGAUGAACUAACCCGGUGGGAGAAAUAUGCCUAUGGGUGUAAUGAGCUAGUGUUCAAUCCAUUCUAUCAAUGGCCUUACAAAGGCCCAGUGACCAGAUUGUUCCUUCGAUUCCUGUGGAGUAAUAUGCCUGUGACCAGCAAAGUGACCAUCAUUGCAUACAUUUUCACCUAUUACGCGAUUGCCUCCGGCAUGAUGCUUUCCGUUGUCAAUUACGUGAUUGUCGGCCUGUUCAAUUCUGAAGUCGAUCACAUCUACUUGCGAUCAUGGGGAAUCUGGAUUUCAUUGGUGGUUGUAUUCAAUGGAGUCGCCUCCGUCGCAUUCAGCAUGGCUCGACAUCAGCUGAAGGAGAUGGUCUUCUGGAAGUCACUCCUAAAAUCCGCCUUGUGGCUUCCAUUCCUGGUCGUUUUCUUUGGUGGUAUUUCUCUGAAUUGUGCCAAGGCCAUCUUGUGUCACGCUUUCAGUAUCAAUAUUGAGUGGGCAUCUACUGCGAAAGAACCCGGCCCCUCGGGUUUCUUCAUUGGGCUUGACAAGAUGGUCAAACAGUUCAAGUAUACCUGGGCCAUCUGCUUAUUCCUUGCUGCCGUGAUGAUUUUCAUGGCCCUUGGCACUCCUUGGGGUUGGCAGAUCAAACCAGGCGAGUAUUCCACUGCCUCGAUUGCCAUCGGCCCUCUUGCUAUUCAAAUCUGCAACGCGGCCAUCCUUCCAUUGAUUCUUGGUCUUAAUUGA